ACAUCCAGCAUGGCGCCAUGGUGGAGGAGCGGAGUGACCCUGCUGCUGGGAGCCGGACUGGGAGCAGCUGGGACCCGCAUACUGAGCACUGGAGCCCGGGGAGAGGAGCCUCAAACACCCGGUCUACUGAGCACCGGAGCCCGGGGAGAGGAGCCUCAAACACCCGGUCUACUGAGCACCGGAGCCCGGGGAGAGGAGCCUCAAACACCCGGUCUACUGAGCACCGUCCCGGUACUCCCGGUACCGAGAGUCUACGCCUCCGAGCUCACGGUGAGUCCAGGUGCGCCUGCAGCAGUGAUGAAGUACGGCUUCCCCUCAUUGGCUAACAUCAAAACCAGAGAGUCUUACAUCACUUCCUACGACCCCCGCACACGCACGGCAUCAUGGGUAAUCGAACGGCUCAACAGCGGCACGCUGAAAGGGUCAGGUGACAGGAAGUACUGCGAGUUCAGAGAGGACGACAGCGUGCACGCCUUCCAUCGAGCGACCAAUCAGGACUUCAGGGGGAGUGGCUUCGACAGAGGUCACCUGGCCGCGGCAGCCAAUCACAAGUGGAGUCAGAAGGCCAUGGAGGACACCUUCUACCUGAGCAACGUGGCUCCACAGAACCCUCACCUGAACCAGAACACCUGGAACAACCUGGAGAAGCUCAGCCGCUCUCUGACCCACCGUUACCCCAACGUCUACGUCUGCACCGGCCCGCUCUACCUGCCCAGGCAGGAGGCUGAUGGGAAACUCUACGUCAGGUAUCAGGUUUUGGGUCGUAAUCACGUCGCCGUGCCGACGCAUUUCUUCAAGGUGCUGAUCCUGGAGCAGCCAGACGGUCGGGGGGUGGAGCUUCGUUCCUACGUCUUACCCAAUGAGCCGGUAGAUGAGAAGCUUCCUCUGGAGCGCUUCCUGGUUCCCAUAGAAACCAUCGAGAGAGCGUCAGGCCUGCUGUUCGUCCCAAACAUCAUGAAGAGGACGAGCAGCCUGCAGGCCAUCACCUCUAAAUGACUACAUUACCCAGAAUGCCCUGCAGGCCAUCACCUCUAAAUGACUACAUUACCCAGAAUGCCCUGCAGGCCAUCACUUCUAAAUGACUACAUUACCCAGAAUGCCCUGCAGGCCGUCACCUCUAAAUGACUACAUUACCCAGAAUACCCUGCAGGCCGUCACCUCUAAAUGACUACAUUACCCAGAAUAACCUGCAGGCCGUCACCUCUAAAUGACUACAUUACCCAGAAUACCCUGCAGGCCGUCACCUCUAAAUGACUACAUUACCCAGAAUGCCCUGCAGGAGCUUACAUUGAUAAGAAGUGAAAGCUGAUUGGUCAGACGCAGAUGAAACUGGUGAUGUCAUCACUCAGCACAGCAUCAUGAAUAUCAGGGUUAGAGUUACA